AUGGACAGUGAGAAGAGACGAGGAAACACAGCCAUGCAGCCACCAUAUGUGCAGGAGCGUUUGAAGUCGUUAAAUGAAGUGGAAAGUCAACUGUGCUCUAUGUUGCAAGAGGCGUCGCAGGUGACUUUCAUAUUUGGUGAAUUGAAACGUGGUAAUGAAUCUGUAAAACCGCAAUUUGAGAAUCAUGUAAAACAGUUUUACGAAUUACUAGACAAAUCAACUACGCAGUUGCGCAAGGAAAUAAAGCUCUUGGACGAAAACGUUGGAACAAGACUACUACCCAUUAACGUUAACAAGAAGGCCCUAGGUCAAGAUACUGAAAAAAUGGAGGAGCAGCUAGAUUUACUAUCUGUAAUACUGGACCCUUCUCAGUCCAAAUAA